AUACGACGGAAGAAGUUUUCUUUACUAAACCGUAAACAAAUGUACGGUACCCUCACGUGACUGCACGGUCCAGUCCCGUGCCCGGGAGUCUAGUUUUAAUUGGCUGCUAUUUUCAUGUCCCUACGCCUAUUGGCUAACGAAGACCAAUGUUUGCAGUGCUCGAGCGGAGACGGUUGGAUUCAAAUCUGAAGCUAUUUCCGGAGCUGCUCAGAGCAGCUGAGCUUUGUUUAGACUGUUAUCUCUGUGAGUUUGUUAUUCUUGGUUUGGGCAAUGGCAAGGAAAAGUGAAGUUGUAGCUUCAUCAAUGGAUCAUCUUCUGAAUACGAAGGUGGCGAAGCUCCAGCAUAUCUGGGAUGCUGUUGGCAUUCAAGAAGACAAGCGAGUUGAGCGGAUGGCAUCAGCAAAGAGAUGUAUAGAGGAACUUCUAGAUCAAAUGAUUUAUGAAGAAGAACACAUGGAGAAACAGUUGAGGGAAUCCAUUAAGAAAUGGAAGAUGCAACUUCAGAUGUUGUGUUCUGAGCUUCAUCUUGAUCCUUAUAAGGCUGAUGAAAGUUCUACUCCACUUCAAUUGGAAAAAGAACUCAGAAAAAAAGUGGAGACCUUGGUAGAAGAGAAAAAUGGUCGCAUAGCAGAAUGUGAAAUGCUUUUGAAAGAAGAUCAAGCUUUGUGUACUGAUCUCUGCAAGACACCAUACUACGUCCCUACUGGCAAAGUUCCAUCUCUACAAGAAUUAGAAGGGCUGAGAAAUCAUCUGAUAAGUACAGCCAAAGAAAAGGAGUGCCGCUUAGCUAGCUUCCUUGGACUCCGUCAAGAGAUUACAAAGCUCAUGGCAGAUAUUGAUCACGUCCCUGAUUCUACAUUUGAAAAAGAUGCUGUCCUUGAGGAGGAGAAUCUAUUUUUCCUCUCUGAUGGAAAUAUUAAAUCACUUGAGGUGCUUCGUCACCAGUUAGAGGUGCAAAAGGAAGAAUUGAUGGCUUCACAAGAGUCUCUGAAAAAACAGAUUUGCUCCCUAUGGAAUGCUUUACAAAUCCCUUUAGAGGAGCAGAACUUGUGUACAACAGGUUCUAUAAAUCAAGUCAAUAUAGCGGAGCUUGAGCAGCUUCAGCUAAUGCAGGCUAAGAAUCUCAAACAAAUCAUCACUGGCAUCCGACAAGAACUAAACACCUAUUGGGACAAAUGUUACUACAGCCAGAAACAGAGAGAAGAAUUUGCUUUCCUAUCAAAUGAAAAUUUCACGGAAGAGUUGCUGAAAGUACAUGAUGAGGAGCUGGUAAAGAUUACCCUCUAUUACCAAAAACACCAUGAAUUGUUUGCCAACAUUGAAAAGUGGGAAUGCUGGUGGAAAACGUUCCUAGAACUUGAGAAGAAGGCAUCUGAUCCAAACAGAUAUGUUAAUAGAGGUGGAACUCUACUGAAAGAAGAGAGAGAACGUUGUCAGCUUCAGAAGAAAAUACCAAAGCUAGAAGAAGAAAUGAAAUUAUACAUAGAGAAAUGGGAAACUGAGCAAGGUUGUUCCUUUCUGGUUAAUGGGCAGAAAUUCGCAACAUACAUUGCUAAUCAAUGGGAGGAACAUAGACUCAAGAAAGAAAAAGAGAAACAAGAGAGAUGUAUAAAGAAGGAAGAUGGGACUGGCUAUAAAACUCCUUUAAAAAGAACAUUGACUGCAUCUAGUACACCACAAAGUAAAAUCCGAAAGUUAAAUGGGACCUUAAAUUUUACACCAGUGAACAGUGGUGGAAGCCUAUGUAAUCAAGUGAGAAAACCAGUACUUACAGCUCGGAGGAUUAGACGUGUUGCAACAAAUACGAGUACAAAUGUGAGCAAGUUACCAGAUCUACUGCAAAAACCACCUCUGCAAAACAAAGAAACAGUAAAUACAUCACUUUCUAGCACAAAUCAGCAGCCCAAUGCAUUUAACUGUCUUGUUGCAAGCUACUCGGAAUUUUCACGUGACCUUUCCAGAAAGUCAAGUGAUGUCAGUGGGCAGCUUAAUUCUACAACUCUUGAAAAUCUGUAAGAUAUCUUCUCUACUUUAGCUGCCAGCUCAGAUUUUGUUUUUUUUCUGCAUGGUUCAUUGACAAUUAGUCAUUAAUUGCUUGUGCUAGAUGUCAAUUUUAUUCCUGUUCAAAAUACAUCUGAGAUAGAUGGCCUGUGUUUCAUGUUCAUUUUUGAAUAGAAUCAUGUUCUAAAUGCUUUUUUUGACAUCAAGUGUCAACUAUUUUGUCACUUCUAUAUCUUUUGUAUGUCGAACCAUAUUUGCUGUCAUUUUUUUGCAUGUACCUCUCUUUGUCUCGACACUGUCCUUGAAUUUCAAUUGAAUUGUAAUUUAACCUUGUUUUUAUCAGCUGUUUGCAAGAAUUUCCCACUGAACUUGUAACUUGUGUGUUACUAAAGGGCCAAAAGUAGUGUUGCUAUUGAUGUUAAAAGAAAAUAAAGAAUUAGAUUAACUUUUUUGGGUUUUUCAGUUUGCUAGUGGCAACACUUCAUUUUCUUCACAACAGGCUCACCUAUAAGCAAUAAAUUUGAACUACCUAGAUAAUUGACUGUUUCAAGUCUCCCUGAAGCCUGGCUUGAUGUCAGCCAAAGCAAUGGUGAUCAUUAGAUGUUGUGCAGCUUUUAAAAGGCCAGUAAAUAUGCAUAAAAUUUUUAAUGUUUGCUUAAAGUAUUGACCUUGUCAUUUUUUUAAGCUGAAUCUUUCAGCAAUACCUAUUGUCUAGUGUGCAACUUGAUAUUUUCCUGACAAUUGACUGUUUAGUAAAGAUGUCACAACUGAAAACUACUUCAUGAAUUGUAAAACUAGAUUUAUACAAAUAAAAUAUUUUGAAUACAAA